AUGUCUUCCUCAUCAACUCCAUCCGCGGCUUCAACUUCAGUUGAGGAAUUCCCUUCGACUAUCUCCCACUUUCCCGUUUCUCCUCCAGGCUGGAGCUCUCGCACAGCCGUUGAUGGUUCUUUCAAACUUCACCCUUUCCCGAAUCCAUCCUUAACUAACACCAACACAAUUCCUGGGAUGAUUUCUAUCCGGAUUCAGCAGCUUUGUGUUCCAAUUCAAGAUGGCGAGUUCCACCGACGAACGAAAACCAAGGUAUUCAUCAUGAUUGUUGCUCAAAUUGCACUGACUUUGAGCAAUUUUGGGUCCAUGAAUAAUAGCACCAACAAAAUUUCUUUAACUCCUUUUUCUGAAUCCCUCCUGGAAUUUGCAAAGAUUUGCAAUAUUAGUGGGUUCAUUUGUUUCAUAUAUUCUAUUUUGGUAUGCCCCUACCAAAACCAUCGAAUUGUUGCCAGGAUCUUGACAGGGAUGGGAAUAGUUGCGACAACUUACGGCCUCUUGGCGCAUUCAGGAGCUGAAUAUAUUGUUGGAAAUUUUGAUGGAGACAGCAAAAAUAAGCGGUUUGAGUGGCCAACAAAUGAGAAUGAGCCACUUUGUUUGGAAGCAAAUUGGGUGAACACUCCUUCACCUGUGGGCGAUGGUAAUGACCCUCUUGGUGGACCCCUUGGCCUGGAGAAAUCAAGUUUGGCUUUGAGUAAAUCACAAUUCCAGGGUCAAGUUCCUUCCUGGAUAAGUAAUCUCAGGAAAUUACAGUUCUUGGACUUUAAGUUUGAAUCAAAUCACUGGUUCAAUUCCAGGAAUUACAGGCUGCGAAAAAAAAUUGGUGGGAGCCGCUUAGAGUUACCUCUCUUUAUUCCUCCCAAUAUCAAUGCUUCUAAUGAAGAAUACUAUAGUCUCCUCAGCUUACCACCGUCGAUAUUCCUCCAAAACAAUAGUCUCAGUGGCAGUAUCCCCAUUCAGAUUGGCCAAUUACAUUUUCUUCAAUUGCUUAAUCUCAGCUAUAACAAAUUCUCUGGAAACAUUCCGGAUCAAAUAUCGAAACUCACUAACUUGGAGAGAUUGGAUCUAUCCGGAAACAAUUUAUCUGGUGAAAUCCCUGCCUCGCUCAGUGGUCUCUACUCCUUGUCGGAGUUCAGCGUCGCGAAUAAUAAUCUUCAUGGUCUGAUACCUUCAGGAGGUCAGUUUCAUACUUUUUCCAUCUCCAACUUUGAAGGAAAUCCAGGUCUGUGUGGUGAUAUUAUAGAAAUCUCAUGUUCUAUUCAAACAAGAACGAAUAAUAAUCCUGUUCCUUCUCCAAGUGAAUCUUCAAAAAAGGAGCUUGUUUAUGGACUCACUGCUGGAGUUGUUUUCGGAUUCAUUAUUGGGUCCGUAGGUGGGAUUUUUUUACCCAAUUCGUGUAUAUAG